AUGUUGUCCAAGCUGUCCCUCGCGGCUCUUGCUCUCGCAACCCUCGCGGCGGGUCAAACGCAAACAGACUGCUCGCCCUUGCUUCGCACAUGCCCUCCGGAUCCUGCCUUUGGCACCAAAGUCUUCUGUGACUUCACCAAGGGCGCCUGCCCUGCUUUCAAAGAAGCCGACGGCACCAAGAUUACCUAUGAUGGAAAUGGUGCCGUCUUUACAAUCUCCGGCGAGACCGACGCUCCCACCAUCAUAACCGGAAAGUACAUCUUCUUUGGCCGGGUCGAGGUGGUCAUGCAGGCAGCUCCUGGGCGCGGCAUCGUUACUUCGUCCGUCCUGCAGUCUAAGGAUCUUGAUGAGAUUGACUGGGAAACCGUUGGAUCUGAUAACGCCCAGGUCCAGACCAACUACUUCAGCAAGGGAGACAACAGCACCUACGAUCGCGGCCAGUAUCAUGCCGUCACCAACCCUACCGGCGCCUUCCGCACCUACACCAUCGAGUGGACUCGCGACUCCGUCGUAUGGAUGGUUGACGGCAACAAGAUUCGAACCCUCGAUGCCGCCCAGGUCGGUGACAAGUUCCCCCAGACUCCCAUGCAGAUCAAGCUCGGAACUUGGGUUGCCGGCGGCAAGAACUCAGCUCAGGGCACUCGCGAGUGGGCUGGCGGCUUCACCGACUUCAGCCAGGCUCCCUUCAAAGCCUACUACAAGAGCAUCUCCAUCGUUGACUACGCCGGUGGUGACGGCCCCGCCAACGGCAACAUCAAGGAGUACGUCUACACCGACAAGUCCGGCAGCUGGAAGAGCAUCAACGUCGUCAAGGGCGACGGCAGCAGCGAUUCACCUUCCGCUUCUUCUCCCUCUGCUUCGGCUUCGGCUUCGGCUUCGGCUUCGGCUUCGGCUUCGACCUCUGCCUCUGCCUCUAGCUCUAGCACUCCCGAGACUUCGUCAACACAGGCUAAAUCCGACUCUGGCAAGUCUUCUUCCUCCUCCUCCUCCUCCUCCUCCUCCUCCGAGGCCCCCGAUUCCGCCGGCUCCUCCGCGACCAGCUCCGUCUUGUCCACGGCCCGGCCCUCCGCCUCUGCCGCCUCCAACUCUACCGCCAGCCGCAAUGCCAGCACUACUCCGUCCGUCGUUCCCACCGGUGCCGCUCCUCGCAGCGUCGCCGCCGUCGGUGCUUCUCUCCUGGCUGGUGCUGGCGUGGUUCUGGCCCAGCUAUUCCUGUAG